AUGAGUCUGGCUGCCGCUGCUGCCGCUGCCCGGAAGAGAGCCGAGGGGGACACCUUGAAAUACUUCGUGGAGGAUCCCGGCAGCGGGACGCUUUACAAGCGGGGACCGCUUUUGGGGCAGGGAGCAUUCGGACAAUGCUACAAAUUUACCGACACAUCCACCAACAGAGUCUAUGCCGUGAAGGUGCUCUCUCUACAGCGAGCCGCAAGGCUGGGAAACCGAGGAAAGGUUCAACGCGAGAUCGAGCUGCACAGCCAGCUCCAGCACAGGAACAUUGUGCGGUUCCACCGACAUUUCGCUGACCAGGAGAACAUCUACCUGGUGCUGGAAUACUGCAGUAGGAAGUCCCUGGCCCACAUUCUGAAGGUCCGGGGGACGCUGAUGGAACCGGAGGUGCGUUUUUACCUGAAGCAAAUCACAAGUGGCCUGCAGUACCUCCACCAGCAAGGGAUCAUCCACCGUGACCUCAAAAUGAGCGCCAUGGGGAGCCGGUCCUCAGCCCGCUCUGUGCCCCACACGCCCCUUCCAGGCAAUGUGUUCAUCACCAAGCACAGGCAGGUGAAGAUUGGCGACCUGGGCCUGGCAAUGCGGGAAGAGCAGGCCUGCUGGAGGAGAGGGGUAGUUUGUGGGACCCCCAAUUACCUGGCCCCCGAAAUCAUCGCUAAGAAGGGACACUCCUCCAAGUCAGACAUUUGGGCCCUGGGCUGCAUCAUGUACACCGCCCUGGCCGGCUUCCCCCCCUUCGAGGUCAUGCAGAAGCAGGAGCUGUUCCAGAGGAUCCAAGAGGGCAGCUACCCCCUCCCGGGCCACCUCUCCCCAGCCGCCCGGAGCCUGAUUGGGAGGCUGCUGGCCCCCAACCCAUCCGGCCGGCCCAGUCCAGAAGAAGUGCUCAGCCACCCCUUCUUCACCCAGCACUUCGGCCUGGCCAGGCUCCCCUCGCUCGCUUGUCGCUCGGCCCCCAUGUUCCCUUUUGCCAACCCGUUUGGAAGCUUCUUCCAGAAAGCAGCCAGGCUCCUUUCCUGGGGCUCCCCUUGUCAGCAGCCCAGCCACGCUGUGAGCCCUGCACCCCAAAAACAGGAGGAGAUACCACAGCGGCAAGGAGUGGGACCUGUUGCCCCUCCCCACUUGGAAGCCCGAGAGGGGAGCAGGGGCCCCAUGGAGGAGCCCAGCUGCUUCCCUCCCCUCUUGCUCCGGAGAGGCUCCCUGCGCAGCCGGCUGCCCGAAGAGGCCGACUGGGGCCCUGGCAGAGUGCCGGAGAGCAUAGACCGACGGCUGUGCUGCUGCUUGCAGGUGACCCCCCUGGUGGAAGAACUGCCCGAAGGCCUGCACGGUGCCAGUCCUGCCCACAUGGCCACCCAGUGGGUAGACUACUCCAAUAAGUAAGGGUUUGGCUACCUGCUCUCCAAUGGCUCUGCUGCAGCGCUACUCCCCGAUGGGACCCACCAUGUGGCCUUUUGCCCCCAGCAUCAGCGCAUCUGCUGCUGCCGUGAGGUGGAGGUGGCCGAGUCCUUUGGGUGGCAAGAGGGGAGCCCAUGCCAGACCAGCCCGGGCAGAGCAGGCAGGAACCCUCCCCUCCUGCGCUUUGCAAAGCCGGACAAAGCCCUCCUGGUGCUCUUCAGUGACAGCACCCUCCAGCUGCAGUGGGUGAAUUUCUACCAGGACUGCACCAAGAUUGUGUUCAGUCGCCCGGCCGAGGGAGAGGACCUCUUGACCUUCGUGGACUGCCAACGUUACAGCACCACCUUCCCUCUGGGCACCCUGGCAGGGCAGGGCUGGACACUGCCCCUGUGUGAGCGGGUGCAAUACGCCCUACACUUGCUGCACUGCCUCUAG